GCAUUGCCUUCAAAUUUCCCAAGUUCGAAGGUACAACAUCAGUUCACUCCCGCCGUCCUCCUCCUCCUCUGAGGUUUCCUACAUCAUAGAAUCGAUGGUCUCAUUCCACUCCUGCUUUCUGGUAGCACUUGGAGCGGAAUUAAACGCAGAAAAGCUAGUCUUAGGAGGUCAGAUUAUUUACCUUUGUUCUUAAUAAAUCUUUUUAAAUUUCUUCUCCACUGCAAAAAUUUCUCACCAUUCAUGCAGAGAAAAACGAAAUAUAUCUUAGUAACUUCGACUGAGUACAAUACUAUUGGCAGGUUUUAGUCAAGCGUUAAGGAAGUUUGUUUCUUUAUAAAGCUCUUAUUGAUAUAGGGUUGAGUUAAAUUUUAUGUUUCAGAAAAAAUUCGACGGAAGAAAGCAGCAAAGCGAAGAAAAUACUCCACAAUUAAGUAUUCCGUCUUGGCAAAAAAGGUGUAGUAAUGACUAACCGUGCAAAUUAAUUAUCUGAAAGGUCCAUAGUAGUUGACAAGACUUGAUUCUGGUCACCUGUUUCUGAUGGAAUUUGAAAACCUAUUCAAAAGAAAAAGGCUAUAACAGCAGACCUGCAGAGAAUGUUGUAAUAACUCUUGGUACUCAGUCUUUCUAAAAUAACUUGGUUACCGAUAUUGCUUUGUGUCCUUGUCCCAGUUCCAGCACAUAAACUGUAUGUAUUUAGUAUUUGCCUUGUGAUAUUGCUGUGGCUCUAGGGCAUGUUCAGAUUGUUGCCAGCCUGGAAAGGUAGGCAUUUUUCAACAUCUCUUCCAUAUGUUCGAUCUAACUAUCAUUGGUAUUCCACGAAUGCAAUCUGCCUUCAGAUUCCACCAAAUGACAUUGAGGAUGAGAAGAAUGAGAUUGAUUUUGAGCUUUUAUUCAGCUCAUGCACCAAAACUGAUAUCGUUAAGAGGCUUCAUGCCCUCCUUAUUGUCUCAGGGAGGGUGCAGAGACUGUCCCACACAACUAGACUUGUCAAUCUUUAUGCCCAUCUGGGUGAUGUUUCAUUAUCUUGCAGUACUUUUAAUCAGAUACAAACAAAAGACACCUAUAGCUGGAACUCGAUGUUGUCAGCUUAUGUUCGUAAUGGCCAAUUUACUGAAGCCGUUAAUUGUGUUUACAAAAUGUUGUCAAUGUCUGAUGUUCGGCCCGAUUUCUAUACUUUUCCUCCGGUUCUGAAAGCUUGUCGUAGAUUAAUUGAUGGGAUGAGACUACAUGGUUGGGUUUUCAAAUUGGGCUUUGAAUGGGAUGUUUUUGUUGCUUCUGCACUGGUCCACAUGUAUUGCCGCUUUGGGCAGUUUAUUGUUGCCAAUAGGAUCUUCAAGGACAUGCCAUCUCGAGAUAUGGGCUGCUGGAAUUCUGUGAUAUCUGGGUUCUGUCAGAAUGGGAAUGCAGCGGAGGCGUUGGCAAUCUUGGAUCAAAUGAGAUUGGAAGGAAUUAAGAUGGAUUCAGUGACUGUUUCUAGCAUUCUUCCUGUUUGUGCACAAAUGAAUGAUAGUUUACGAGGCAUGCUGGUUCAUUUGUAUGCCAUAAAGCAUCGCUUGGAAGUUGAUGUUUAUGUGUCCAAUGCCCUGAUUAACAUGUACGCUAAAUUUGGUGAAUUAGAAAGCGCCCAGAAGGUUUUUGAUCAGAUGGUGCUCAGAGAUAUAGUUUCAUGGAACUCAGUGAUUGCUGCAUAUGAGCAAAAUGAUCUCCCAGGUUGUGCAAUCUACUUCUUUCAUCAGAUGCAACUCAAUCAACUUCAGCCAGAUUUAUUGACAAUGGUAAGCAUAGCUUCCAGCAUUGCUCAGACUAGAGAUUAUGUUUCUGCAAAAUCCAUCCAUGGAUAUAUUCUACGGAGAUGUUGGAUUAAUGAAGAUGUUGUACUUGGAAAUACAAUUGUUGACAUGUAUGCUAAACUUGGCAUUAUGGACUCUGCACGCAUGGUUUUCGAUGAAAUGUUUGUUAAAGAUGUGGUUUCAUUUAACACAAUGAUCGCAGGUUAUGGUCAAAAUGGUCUUGCAAGCGAGGCCGUUGAAAUAUUCCGCAUGAUGCCUUGCAAAAACAUAACACCUGAUGAGGGUACUUGGGUUAGUGUUUUACCUGCUUAUGCUCAUCUUGGAGCCUUGCGAGAAGGGACUAAAGCUCAUGGCCAGGUUUUCAAAAGAGGUCUACAUUGGGAUAUCUUUGUGGGCACAUGCCUGGUUGAUUUGUAUGGAAAGUGUGGGAGACUGGAUGAGGCAUUGCUUUUAUUCUAUGAGGUUCCCAGGACUAGUUCUGUCCAUUGGAAUGCAAUUAUAGCUUGCCAUGGAAUUCAUGGAUGUGGUGGGACAUCUCUACAACUAUUCAGAGAUAUGCUGGAUGAGGGGGUACAGCCAGAUCACAUAACCUUUUUGUCCAUAUUGGCAGCUUGCAGCCAUUCUGGCCUGGUUGACCAAGGUAAAUCAUAUUUUCACCUGAUGCAGCAAGAAUAUGAAAUUAAACCUGGUAUGAAGCACUAUGGGUGCAUGGUGGACUUGUAUGGUAGGGCCGGACAUCUGGAAAAGGCAUACAAUUUUAUUAAACGUAUGCCUGUACCUCCUGAUGCUUCAGUAUGGGGUGCUCUUCUUAAUGCUUGUAGAAUCCAUGGAAAUAUUGAGUUGGGUAAAGUGGCUUCGCACCACUUGUUUGAAGUUGAUUCAGAUAAUGUUGGGUACUAUGUCUUAUUGUCAAAUAUAUAUGCAAAUGUUGGGAGAUGGGAAGGGGUUGAUGUAGUAAGAUCAUGGGCUAGAGACAAGGGAUUGAGGAAGACACCUGGGUGGACCUCGAUUGAGUUAAAUAAUAUGAUUGAGGUAUUUUAUACUGGACAUCCACAGUCUGAAGAGAUGUACAUGGAACUGGCCAUUUUAACUGCCAAAGCAAAAGACCUUGGUUAUGCUCCAGACUACAGCUUUGUGUUGCAGGAUGUUGAGGAUGAUGAGAAGGAAAACAUUCUCACAAGUCACAGUGAGAGAUUGGCUAUUGCUUAUGGAAUCUUAAAUUCACCUCCAAAAAGCACUAUUCGAAUUUUUAAGAACUUGCGUGUUUGUGGAGACUGCCACAAUAUGACUAAAUUUACAUCUAAGAUCACUGAGAGGGAGAUUAUUGUGAGAGAUUCAAACCGUUUUCAUCACUUCAAAGAUGGAUUUUGUUCUUGUGGAGAUUAUUGGUAACGACUGGAUGUCAUUACUUGGUGCUGAAAGUUUCCCAUUUGGAUUGAUUUUCGGGUUCAUCCAAGAUCCAGGAUAGUUUUGCAAACGGUAUCGUGUUCUCUCUACAGAAUUGCUUCCAAAACUUGGAGAAACUUGGAUGAGGCCAUUGCCUAUUAAAAAACAGAUGAGAAUCCUCUAUGCUCCUUUAACUUGGAGAUAUUGAUUUGCAGAGUAAACUGCAGAGAUCCUUUUCAGGAGGAGAACAUGAACCUAUAAUUGACAACUCCGCGGAACCAGUGCUCCUUGAAUCAGGCCUGUUCCUGCAGUACAUUACAGCCAUCUGAGUCGGUCUUGCCAUGAGAAGGAAGCUGGAAUAUGACUCUCUAAGGAAUGAUGCUAGUUUGUAGGUGAGCUUUCUUUUCAUACAAGUCAAGCAGCCAUUGGCAAUUCUGAUUAUUUGGCCACUGCCGUGCAAUUCCUUGAAGGUACUAUUUUUCGCUGCUAGUUGACAGCCUUCAUGAACAAGUAACAAUUGCCAUUAUUUCACAGCCCAUCCGACAAUAGACUCCACAGUACAAAGGGAUUUCGAUUGGCUUUGAAGAGGUCGGGACAAAGGGAACAUGCCCUGCUUGGUACACCCAUGCACCUGAUUACUAGAUGUUGAGCUCAAAAGUCAUCCGUGGCUUUAGUAGUAGACAUUGCAGGUGUUGUGUGAGCACGAAUAAAAGCCAGUGUUGGUAUUUUUGUAGAUACCCUACAUACGGUCUAUGCAGGACUUCUAUUGUUUGGGCUAGUUUGCAAUAUAUGACUACUCUGU